AUGGAGGAUGAGUCAUCUAAGUUGAUCUCACCUAUCGGUGAGGCUUUGUACUAUCCUGUUAAAGAGAUUCUUGAAGGCAUUCCAUCUGCUAAUGAGGAUGAUGAUUCAAACCCCUCAACAGUGUUCUUUCCUCCCAUAGGAUUCCUAUUCGUGGAGCUGGGUCAUGAGGAGCUUUGUCAAGGUAGGAGCUGGACAAUAGUGGUGGGAGAAAUAAGAGUGGAAGACGAGGCAGAAGUAGGGGAGGAAGUGUUUGAUCCGAACCUGCACAUAAGAAAACCAAAAGACAAAGCAGAUGAGUGGCCCAGAGCUGGCUCCAGUGUUUCUUGUGAAGGAGAGGAUGAUAUUAUAACCAAAAAAUCCUUGCAAUUCGAUUUUGAUGAAAUAAGAGCAGCCACAAACAACUUCUCUAAUGAAAAUAAGCUUGGAAAAGGUGGAUUUGGUGCUGUUUACAAGGGUGAACUUUCUAAUGGACAAGUAGUGGCUGUGAAGAGACUUUCAAGAAAUUCUGGACAAGGUGACACUGAGUUUAAGAAUGAGAUCAUAUUAGUGGCCAAGCUGCAACAUAGGAAUCUUGUUAGGCUCCUUGGCUUCUGUUUAGAAGGAGAAGAAAAGCUGAUCAUCUAUGAGUUUAUGCCAAACACAAGCCUUGAUCGCUUCAUAUUUGAUCCAGAUAAAGAUGAAAAAAUAGACUGGGAAAUGCGUUACAGAAUCAUAGAAGGGAUUGCUCGAGGACUUUUAUAUCUUCAUCAAGAUUCUCGACUUAAGAUUAUACAUCGAGAUAUCAAAGCUAGCAAUAUUUUGUUAGAUGAGGAGAUGAAUCCAAAAAUUGCAGAUUUUGGCAUGGCAAGGCAUUUUGUAGACGAGCAAACUGAAGACAAUACUAAUAGGGUUGUUGGGACAUAUGGUUAUAUGGCACCAGAGUAUGUAAUGCAUGGGAAAUUUUCAGUCAAGACAGAUGUAUUCAGUUUUGGUGUUCUAAUUCUAGAAAUUGUGAGUGGUCAGAGGAACAACAGUUUCCAUCAAUCAGAGCAGACUGGGGAUCUUCGACUUAUUAGCCAUGCAUGGAGACAUUGGAGGGAAGACACAACUAUGGAGUUGCUAGAUCCAUCUUUGAGAGAAAAUUGUCAAAGAUCUGAAGUGAUUAAAUGCAUCCAAAUUGGAUUAUUAUGUGUUCAAGAAUUAUCAAGUAGACCCACAAUGGCCUCUGUUAUUCUCAUGCUCAGUAGUGACUCUGCUAAUCUUCCAGUGCCCAAACCGCCUGUCUUUUUUAUGCGUAGUCAAAUUAACCAAGGUAUACCCUUCAUGAAGCAUGAUUUGAAAGCAACUGAAUCAGGUCAAUCUACCAGUACUAGAACACUUCCAUCUAUUACCGAGAUGUAUCCUCGAUAA